CUAAGGCUUACAAAUUUCUGGUCUUCUCUCUGCUUCCUGACUUUUCUUUAGGCCCAAGUUAGAUCUGCACUUUCUCCAUCGGUUCCUAAAGAUACAGAAGGUUUUGUUUCCUUCUUGGUCGUCACAGAAUGUCUUGAUGUUCCUGACUCUUUUGUGUGUGGCCCUAAUGGAACAACUGGUAAUCUACCAGGUCGGCUUGAUCCCCAGUCAGUACUUUGGGGUCCUGGGAAACAAAGACUUGGAUGGGUUUAAGGCGCUGACAUUUCUGGCUCUCGUGCUCAUCGUUCUCAACUCCACACUGAAGAGCUUUGACCAGUUCACCUGCAACCUGCUGUAUGUGAGCUGGAGGAAGGACCUCACUGAGCACCUACACUGCCUCUACUUCCGGGCCCGCGUGUACUACACCCUCAAUGUGUUGCGGGAUGACAUCGAUAACCCGGACCAGCGCAUCAGCCAGGAUGUGGAGCGAUUCUGCCGGCAGCUCAGCAGCAUGGUCAGCAAGCUGAUCAUCUCCCCGUUCACGCUCAUCUACUAUACUUACCAGUGCUUCCAGAGCACAGGAUGGCUUGGGCCUGUGAGCAUCUUCGGAUAUUUCAUCCUGGGAACCAUGGUGAACAAAACUUUGAUGGGGCCCAUUGUGGCCAAGCUGGUGCAGCAGGAGAAACUAGAAGGGGAUUUUAGGUUCAAGCACAUGCAGAUUCGGGUGAAUGCUGAGCCUGCUGCUUUCUACAGAGCUGGGCAUGUGGAGCACAUGAGGACAGACCGCAGGCUGCAGAGACUCCUUCAGACCCAGAGGGAGCUGAUGUCCAAAGAGCUCUGGCUGUACAUUGGUGUCAACACCUUUGACUAUCUGGGCAGCAUCCUGAGUUAUGUUGUCAUCGCAAUCCCCAUUUUCAGUGGGGUCUAUGGAGACCUGACCCCUACAGAGCUGAGCACUCUGGUCAGCAAGAAUGCCUUUGUGUGCAUGUACCUCAUCAACUGCUUCACCCGACUCAUUGACCUUUCCACUACGCUGUCAGACGUGGCUGGUUACACUCACAGGAUUGGGGAGCUUCAGGAGGCUUUGAUGGAGAUGGCCCUGAAGUUGCAGGACUGUGAGGUCCUGGAUGAGACUGAGUGGGACUUGGACAAAGCCUCGGGACGGCCAGCCACGGAGUCAACAGACACAGCUUUUCUGCUUGAGCGGGUCUCCAUCUCUGCCCCCUCCUCUGACAUACCCCUGGUCAAGGACCUGAACCUGAAGAUCUGCGAGGGGCAGAGCCUGCUCAUCACGGGCAAUACGGGCACGGGCAAGACCUCCUUGCUGCGGGUUCUGGGCGGCCUCUGGGCAAGCACACGGGGCUCCGUGCAGAUGCUGACCGACUUUGGGCCCCAUGGGGUGCUGUUCCUGCCACAAAAGCCGUUCUUCACUGAUGGGACCCUUCGGGAGCAGGUGAUAUAUCCCCUGAAGGAAAUCUACCCAGACUCAGGCUCCACUGAUGAUGAGAGGAUUGUGAGGUUCUUGGAAUUGGCAGGCCUGUCCAGCUUGGUGGCAAGAACAGAGGGUCUAGACCAGCAGGUGGAUUGGAACUGGUAUGAUGUCCUGUCCCCAGGGGAGAUGCAAAGGCUCUCUUUUGCCCGGCUCUUCUACCUGCAGCCAAAGUAUGCAGUGCUUGAUGAAGCCACUAGUGCCCUGACAGAGGAGGUGGAGAGUGACCUCUACCGAAUUGGCCAGCAGCUGGGAAUGACAUUUAUCAGCGUGGGACAUCGGUCCAGCCUUGAGAAGUUUCACUCCUGGGUUCUGAAACUCUGUGGAGAAGGAAGAUGGGAACUGACUAGAGCCAAAGAGGAGUGAAGCCAGGGAUGUGGUUGGCCACCAGCAGGAGAGCCCAGCAGCCUCUAGGAAGCCAGGAAGACCAAGGGGGCAAGAAGGAGCCCCAGGUUCACCUCCCAUGUCUCAUGCAGGAGCUCUUGCAGCAGUGGACCCAGCCCAGGGUGGCCCUGCAAGGAACACUAAGGUCUACUCAUGGCUGCUUCUGUGGCCUCAGCCAGGGCCUCUGUACUCUGGAAAUGCUGACUACUUACAGAUGACUUCAUCUCUGCUGAAGAAAGGUUUUUGUUUUUUGUCUUUUUGACAAGACAAAAACAUACCUUUCAUUCUGUGUGGUUAAUAGACAAAAUAUCCUUACUUCCCCUGAGAAAUAGUAUAUCCAAAAUUCACUUAGAAGAACACUGAAUAUUAAAACAUUAUAUGACAAUAUAUAAGUGGAUUGAAUAGAAGUGAACUUCCAAUUGUCUAAGAAUAUUUCACAGCACUGAUAAUAUAAAGAAAAUGUUUGGAUUUAUUUUCAAAUUCAAAACUCUUCUGGUUGUUCUUCCCUGAGGGCCUUAGAGGUGAAAAGGUAAUCAGAUUAUCUCCAAAGGAGAUGUUUCUGGCAUGUUCUUGAUGUCUCUCUCCUCUCCACUUGAUGACUGAAGUUUAGGCAAAUCAAGAAGGUGGCAUUCAGUAAUGACACUUUUAUUAUCAAGUAGUACUAACGCAGAAGACUUAGUUUCUUCUUGUUGUGAGAUGUUAUUUUGUGAUGGUAUAUUUUUUUCAGGGCUUCUCAUCAAAACAUCUUGUAAGGUAAUUGAAGAAUUUAGUUCCAUUCUUUCUGCAAUAUCUGAAACUUCUUCCUUUUUGUUAGUUCUGUAUUCAUCAUGGUUUAUUUCAAUUAAACCUUGUAAUCCAGGACACUGAGCGUCUUCCACUAUGCUAUUCCUGCUUUCAGAAAUAUUUGAAAACAAAAUUUUCUUAUCAACAUGUUCACUUUUGGUGCUCCCAGGAUCAGGAUUCACCGGUGGUGUCAUUUGUCCUAGCAGAUCUUCGUCAGCCUUGCUCUCAGGUAUGGCAUCCAGUGGACUUAGGGGUUCUGUGUCUUUGAGAAAGACGUUCAGAAGAAAGGUCUGAGGAUGAUUUCACAGGACUCUCAACUCUGAAAAACCAGCAUCAACACUAUUUUGACAAGUUCCUUUGAUGUCAUUGGGCUGUUGCCUCAGAGUAUUCUUCCUGCUUAAUUUUGCCUCAUUGCAUUAUUUAUGGCAGCAAGGGGAUUUCCGGCUGCAGUCCUUCCACCAUCAUCUUAUUUUGGUUUACUUGCCAUGCUUGAGAUGAUUUUUUUCCGAAACACUUUUUUAUUUGUGCUAUUGUUUUGCCAUCUAGACUCCUCAAGCUUGGUCAGUUUGGUGAACUCUUGGUUUACAUCUUCCAUCUGAAAACUAACCAUAUCCCCAAAUGCAUCCAGCUCUGUCCAGGUAGUCUCCAUUUCACCUUGUUUCUGUUCACAGUCAUUCUCCAGUCCUUCACACUGUUUGACUCUUUCCUUAAUAAGGAGUCUUGUUUGACCAACUGCUGUGCAAAGAACAUCUUCAGCAGCAUCUGGAAUGUCCGAUUCAAGCUUUCUGUCCCACUCAAGGCAGUGUGAAGUCAGUUUCUCAGUUUCUGAAAUAUGGACAUCAUAUGUUGGCUCAGACAUCAGAUCUUCAUUUAAUUCAAAUGAUGUGACAUCUUUUAUUGAAAGGCCAUUUGAAUUUUUAGUAGUAGUUUCAUUUUGAUUUAAGCUAUGUUCUUGAUUCAAAACUGUUAGAGAACCCAAAGGACACUGUAAUUUAUUUGAAUCUUGCUGUACAGUCUUGGUUGAGUAAGUUUUACAUUUUUGGGUCAAGAUUUCUUUUUGUUGCUUCUUGAGUCUUCUGGUUUUAAAGGAUUCCAGGUACAAAUGGGUGUCAAGAAAGCAUUGGCACCUGUGGGAGUCAUGACUGUUACUUGAUAGGUCUUCAAACCAUCCAAUGGAUGAAACAUAAACUCAUUAGGUGCAAAGGAAUUCUUUCCUUUGGUUUUUGCAGGAUUUAUCUUAGGUAAGUUUACAUUUUUGAUAAGGUUCCAUCUGGAUCCAUUCCAUUUGUUGCACUGGUUUGUGAAACCGAAAGUAUUUUCUUCAUUAUCAAGUUUGAAAGAAACAACCUUAUCAGGUUCUGUUUCUAUCUUUUUCACAGGUCUUCCUUUAUUUGAUGCCUUUCUUUCAGGUUCAUUAUCAUUAUUGGCAGAUCGAGUCAUUCUCACUGAUAUGGGCAAAUAGGCUGCACAACUGUUUUCUCUUUGUCUAAUACUUUCUUUUCUGAAAUCUGUCUUUGACUAGGUUGGAUUGCUCAAACAUCAAUGCCAUUCUCAAUCUUAGUUUGUUCAAUUUGGUCUUUGGCCUUUGAUCUUGUAAUCCAUGAAGGAGAUGGAAUAGUCUUUUUUGGCUCAGUUUUCAUAGCAUUCUGGUUUGAUAAAAGAAAGCAAGAUGCCUCAGGUCUACAAAGACCCAUUUUAAAUAUUCCUCAUUUAGAUUUUCUCUGUUCUUUUAAUUUUUGAAGUUGCUUUUCUUUUAUUUUUGAAGCAUUUGUUUUCGUUCUUCACUGAGGGGAGUUUCAUUGACUUUGGCUUGGUACUGGCCUUUUCUGAAACAAGCUCUUGCAAUGUCUCAUCUAAUUCAACAAGACAUCUACCUUCCGAGGUUAGGAUAUUGACAUCUUUCAAGCUGGAGUUUCUAUUUUGCUGGGAUUCCUUAGGUCUGUUUUCUUUCUAAGAGGGAGAUUUCCUAUGAGCAUAUUUAGUUCAGUACUUAAAUCCUAGACUCCUCAAAUUUGGUCAGGUUGGAGAACUCUUGGUUUACAUCAUUUCAGUACUUAAAUCCUUUCUAUGGUGACUGGCAAAACGGAUGAAGACAUCCUGAGGCACUCUCUAGUGGGAAACAUCAACCAAACUAAAAGUACAAGAGUCCUCCGGGUCCGGACAACCUCGGUCACUUCCAAAGGAGGAACUCCAGAAGCUUCAUCUCUGAAGAAAGGUUUAAAAGGGUAUGCUAUAAGAAAUGAAGGGUCAGGGUGUGUACCUGACUAAAUUUUGUAAUGAUAGAUUUUUAACUUUAAUUAACUGACUUUUUAUCUUUUUUUAAAGGAAAAAAUAAAAUAAACAUUAAUAAAUGUUUUUGCA